AUGGCCACGCGCGACGCUGCAUGGCACCAGUUCUCUGCGCUGUGCAACGACCUGCGCGACGUCAAGACCUCCAAGUCCGCGUCGGACGCCAUCAACCACCUGCAGGUGUUCAUGAGCGACGCGCAGAGCCGCCAGCUCGUGCAUCGCUGGCGAAGCUGGGGCUUUCUCCUGCACCGUCUGUUGCACGUGAUCAAGACCGAAAUGCGCGCGUGCCUGGCCACGAAUCCCAAGCGCAAGCGCACGACGACCAGUGCGCACGCGAAAAUGCCACCGCUGCAGCACUGGCACUACCUGCGCACGGAGCUCGAGUCGGCGCACGUGACGGCCGACGGACCGUUGCUGCACUUGGACGCAAACGGCCGCGAAUGCAUCUGCCAGUUGUUCACUUUUUCGGUCGCGGUGAUCACGUGUCCAAAGCCCGUGGCGCUUGGCCACAGCGUGGAGGUGCGUGUGGAGAAAGAAGCUUGGCUGACAGUGGAAGUGCUGGCGCAGUAUCGCGUGUACUGCGUCAUGCUGGACGUUGACGAGUGGAAGGGACUUCUUGAGCUGACAAUUGCAAGCUUUUCGCCAAGCUUGGAGCGAGGACGACUGACAGGAGACGUCGAGACGGCCACGACGCGUGCGAGGGUUCUUCGGCUAUUGCUGAAAAACUGUCCGUUUGACUUGACUUCGGUGAUCCCGAGCAUGACUUUGCAGAUUACAGCUUGGUUUGAAGCUGCGAAUGUGGAUCACAUGGUAGACUUAUUGCUGUCUAUAGCGUCGACGUUACUGGAGACACUGACGGAUAUGAUGCGGACGAAUCGUGGAGCGAUCGCGCUGUAUUUGCUUCCGCGAGGAUUGGCAGUUCUGGAGUUUAUCUGCAAGUCGAACAGGUCUAGAAAGAAUGGAAUCCGGGGUGCACCUGCAGAGUUUGUGAUGCAAUUCCUCGAUCUUUAUCGGCAUCAUACGACGGCUGACUCGGAAGUAAGCUACUUGUCUCCUAGUGAGCUACUGCGCGAGCUGAAGAAGCUUGUCCACGUUGCUAUGAGCUCAGGGGAAAUUAGUCUCGUGAUGACGCAAUUCAACUCGGCCCGAGAGCGGAAACUGGGGAACGCACUGGGGGUCGACGACCUAGAGAUUCGACGCUUAGCUUGUAUUGCCGACAUCAUCUUUCACCACGACCACUUGGUGUCAGAGCAGAUGCGUGCCGCCAGUGGCGAUCUGACACGAGGUUGUGCUCUGCCGGAACAGUUUGAUGCCGGGAGCAAGCGCCUGAGGUGUACUUCGACCGAACUAGCGUGGGAGACGGUCUCAAAGAUGGAUGCUCGAGAAACUGUUUGGACUUCCGAGUUGCUCCGCAAGUUUUCAGCAACAAGCGAAAAAGAAUGUGAGGGUUGGAUUGCCGGUGAGGAGAUGAAUGGCUUUGGAGUGGCUUUUUGCAUGCGUGAGCACGGUCUGGAAUAUCUCUCUAUGGCUUCUCCACCGUCCACCGGGGCUAUGCCAUCUGCAUUUUUCCUGUCUACACGGGCGGUGACCGGUAAUGUCGUUGGAAUGGACGAGUCGGGUUGGUACGACGGGCCAGACAUGUGCGAGAAAAAGACUGACGACUUUUUUGAGCGGCUCGCUGUUCCGUCUUGUCUAUUGAGAAAUCUGAUCCCUCGUCCAAAUGCGUUUCUUAGUGACUGUUGUCCGAAAAUCCGUCAUUCUUGUGCUCAAUCUUUCUCGAAGAGCGUCAAACAAGUUAUGGGUGAGGAAGUGGUUCAUUUGUUUUCUGAUUUGCUGCUCGAAAUAUCGGGCAAUUUGCCGUCCGAUGGAUGCAGUUCAACCAAAGGUUUGCAAGUGCUGGCAAAUUCGCUGGACGUUGGCUUGGUUCUCGCAGGGCUCUAUGCUGACGAAGUCGUAAACUGCUCAGAUAGUUUGAGCAGAAGCUCGACCAGUGUACUUCCAUUGUUGAAGCAAUACUUUGAUAUUGUUGCAAACUGUCUGAAGCCAAGUGUGAUCAAGCAAGCGCAGCAUAGUCACUCUAUGUCAGAGAAUAUUGUACACAUACUGCGCAGGCUCCACACGCUGAUUCUGCUUUCGCAAGGCCAAAGCACACUUGCGGGGUAUCAUCAUCCGUCAGCAGAUCCAAUUGAUGUACGCGUCUCGUCCGACAUUUACUCAGCGACCAGUGCCAUUGUUGAGACGCUAGAAGUCUCACUGGCUUGUAGUACGCCAACGAAAGCCACGGAGCAAUUGUCGCCUCGGCCGCACACCCGUUUCCAUUCGAUCCGCGGUAGACCGAGCUGGACACCGAGUUCGAGUCAUGCGUCACAGUUACAGCUUCAAAGUCAACCCACACAGAAGGAAUAUGAUGCUAUGGAUGAAGGUGAGGAAAACAAUGUCCUUCAUGACCGUCCUGCUAGUCGCGUGAUACAAGAAUGUAUUGGCGUAUGGUGCAUCCGUUUAAUCUUGCUGCUCAAGAGAGAUGGCGGUUUUUCCGCUGUGAAGAAGUCUUUAGAGUGUCUCCAAUUGGACCCUGAUUUUGUGCUGGCAGUAGCUGCUCUCAUCUGCGGUGUCACGGGCCACGACAGUCUGGAGACGUUUGUCAAACUAAUUGAUCACGCUGCAGAAGAAGGUAUGAGUGAACAUGGUGCUUUGUCUACUGCCCGCGGUGAGAGUUGCCGAGCGCCGAUCUUUCUUUCUCAGGUGCUGUCAGCUAUCAAACUUGCAGGUUUGGUGUAUGAAAAGCGCAAGUAUGAGCACGGUGAAUCACCUCCAGCGCUUCUAUUGGAAUGUGCCAAGAAGUAUUUGAACGUCAUGGCUAAUGCUGGAUCCAAAGCGAAUUUACGUAUGUCACGAAGAGCCGAGCUACAGUGUCUUGGGGUGUUUUUCCGCCUAGACACGCACGAGUUUCAUGCGUUCGAAGAAGCAUGUGUAAGUGGGCUCACAGACUGCGACGCGAGUGUGCGUGUCGUAGCGUCACGCUGUCUUCAGUCCGUAUACUUUAUGUAUCCUGAAGGCGGCGCAAGCAUUUUUCGGCACUUUUACACAGAACUAAGACCUUUGAUCGAUGCACCACCCGUAGAACUCAGCGCCAAGGAGGGGCAAACUCUUGCUAAUGUGAAAGGAAAUCAUCAGUCAACUGGGCACGAAAUUGCCGACCCGCGGUUGUCCAUGGACUUGUGCUUGUCUGUGCUGCUGGGCCUGUAUGUGAGCGCUUGCUCAUCUCAGAUAGCGGUUCCCGCAGUUCUCCAAGCAUGCGUGGAGCUAGCAUCAAUGAAUGGGUCGCUGUACGCUGCAGGUACUACUUCGCUAAUUUCGAUCUGCCUACGCGCAAUUGCGGCGUUCUAUAGGUACACAAGCGUUUCGGAUUUGCUGGACGACCACUUUUGCAGCCUUUGGCAAGAAUUUAUUGUUGCAAGUCACCGGUGUACACAAGCGAACAGCGAGGACACUUUUGGGUGGAUAAAGAGCGAUCCGAUAGACCCUCUUCCCAAUGGAAAGCUGUUGUUGCAGCGGUUUCCACUGUCAGCACUUCUUGGUGAGAAGAUCAAUUCAGCUGCCCGGAGAUCGAAUUUUGCAGCAAAAUUAGACAUGGUUCUUUCAGUUGGUGUGCUUCACAGCUUCGUUUAUGGAGAACAGAUUCAAACAAAAAGGAGCCGUUUCGGUUUUGUUAAUGAUCUGGCAGCCUAUCUCUACAACAUUCGAGACAAUGAGAAAGAGCAUGAUGUUUUUGUGGGAGAGAUUGGCGAGCAAUUGACGACGGAUCUGUUUGCUUUUUCGUUCAUCUUAUUGGCAUAUCCGGAUCCAGUGCUGAAUGAGGUUGCGAAGCGGAUACUUGAAGAAGCAGAGGAACGAGCACGAGUGCGCGUUCUCACUUUAUCGCAUCUUGGACAUAUCACAAGCAAGAUGGCUCGGUUUAUAGUGUGGGGUGUUGUUGACGGCACGGACAACGAGCGAUGUUCUCCAGGCAAUUUGUGGUCAGAUGCACUACAAGCAAUGAAAGAGAAGUACUCCGAGUUCGACUGGAGAACCACGAAUGUGGCCGAUCUGCUCUGCGACUUUUACGUUCUUUUGCUAGGGGCAGAACUCUUUUCCCCGAGAGCUGUGUGUGCGGUGGAGUGUUUCAAGGCUUUUGCUGCUGCAAUAUGUGAUACAGUGACUGAUAGCUCUGUAUUGCAGCAUUUGUUGCUGCUCAUAUGUUUCCAGGCAAUCAAGCGUCUAGCAACUGGGCAUGAGCGACGCAUUGGAAGUACAUUGUCGCACCUAGUUCGCUCGUUAUGUGAGCGCUUUCUCGAUAAUGCGGACACGUUUGGAAGAUGUGUUGGGUUUGUAGUGCAAGAAAUCAGUGACAUUUUGUCAGACGGUGGUGAGAAGGAGCAGAGAGUUUUAGACGCCAAGUCUCUUGGCGUCAAAUCGAAGAAGAGUCUAAGUUUGAAUGCAGACGAUCGAGCAGAACUGGAGUGGGUGAUUCUCGCUAUAUGUAGUGGCUUGGGUGGCGGGUUAGGAAAGUACACUCAUGACAUCAACGUGGUCCCAAAUGGGAUAUCAGGAAGCCUCGACAAGCUCAAUGAUUUGCUUAUCAGAAGUCAGCAGCAGGUUUUUUCGGAAGCAAGGGAAAGCGGGGACGGCAUCGUGGGCCGACGAAAUCAAGCAAAGAAGGAGAUCGAGACGUUUAUCCAGAGGGUGCGUUCUCGCGGUGCCAGGUUCUACAACCCACUGCCCUUCAGCAGUUCGUUUCGGACAAACACGAUUGAGGAUAGACGGCAUGUCCACGUCGAUGCACAAGCUUCAACGAAGUCGUCCGCAGAUGUCGAGCUGUCUGCUCUGACCGCUAGCAUCCGAGCUGUGCGAGACUGUAUGCCGUCAACAAGGGGACUGUACGAAAAGCUGUCUCACACAUUGUUGCAUUUAAGCUCUUUUGGCACAUUCGGUAAGAACGAAUACGCUCCGGACAGAGAUACAGCCAGUGUAGCAAAUGCUUUAGGUGAGUUAGGAGCUUUAGAUGCGACCGAGUACGAACUGAGCCCGGCUGAGCAAGAAGGGGAGUUGUCUCGCUUGUACCGACUGCAUUUUCAUCGAGGAUCGCUACGAGAAACGAAGACAGCUUUCUUCCUUGCGAUGCACGAGAGUCUAUUGGUGUAUCUUAGCUCUGUUAUUUUUGAGGAGAGAACGACCGGAAAAGGUGCUUCGUUAAUUCUGCAGCAAACGCUACGGACGUUGAAAAGUGUUCUCAGUCUCGAUGAAGGUGUUGCUGCCUUAUCUCGAUGCAAGGACGGCGAGCUCAUUUCGUUUCUGAGUCCAUUUGAAGAAUCCUCGCCGUCCAGCUGGUCUUCAGCCUCACCAAGCAAUACCAGACGAAAGCCACCGACCACAUUGCAACGCUGCACAGAGUUGUGGACAUCCGCACGAAAAGUCGGUUUUGAAGCGUGGGUUUGCUCGUUGACUUCAUUUUUGACUGCAGAGUGCCCAGAUCCGGUACUGAAGGCGUGCUCGACGUUGGUAUCUUUGCGAGCCGACAUGGCUGUUUUUCUCUUACCCUACGCUCUCGAAAUCAUUUUAAGACAAGCUGGUCGGAAAGGAAAACUUGACAGUGGGUCGAACGCAACGGAGCCUAAUAGCGCUGGUCAUUUCAUGCAACUUACAAAGGCAAUCAACCAAGGCAUCACGCUCGUCUUAACAGGGGUGGAAAGCAACAAGACAAGUGCCCGAAGUGUAAAUGAGGUCGACCUCUAUCAAAGCCUGGAAAUGAAUCCAUCUCAACCACCCCAGGUCAUUCAGCUCGUUGUUCACACCAUCAAUUUUUUGCGUGAGACGAGGAAGGCUCAAUUUGUGGGACACAGCGACAAAAGUGAAGCACAACUAUCGACAGGAAGAAGACCGAAGCGAUCGUCAGAAACGGAACCUCCAAUAUCAAGAAGGCCUCGUGGUAGUGUACUGGCUUACGGAUGCAUGGUUGAUGUGGACCUGCUUGCCGUAGCCAAGGCUGCCGUUCGCGUGAAGAUGCCGUAUUCAGCCAUGCAAUAUGUAGAGAUGUGGUUGGAAAAAGAGAACGGCGGAAAAAUUACCUCACUGUCUUUGAUAAAGAACGACGAUGUCGCAAAUACUCUUCGCGAUAUCCUCGUGGACGCGUACGGCCUCAGUAGCAACGAUGAUGUGAUCUACGGAGUCAACGACGGACGGACGCUGCAAUCUCAGUUGGUGAAAUUUAGUCGUGAGCGCCAGUACGCAAAAACGCUUCCGCUUUAUGACGUAUCGCUGCAGUUUUCAAACGCAAAUACGCAUGACGGCGGAAUGAUUGAUUGUGACCCGCCUCGACUGUUGGAGGGAAUGUUGACGUCGCUUCAAUCGCUGGGAUACAAUAACUUACUGGAAGGUUAUUUGCAAUCAAUACAGUUGAACAAGGGAUCCAUCGAUUCAGAUUCUGGCUCGCCUUCUCUUCAAGCCUUGCAGCAUAAGUUCGAACUUGCCUGGAAGAAUAUGCAGUGGGAAGCAGUUCUUCCAGCUCUACCAACUGUGAGCAACUGUAGCCCGGACAUAAAGGAAUCGAUGGCGAAUCGUUUGUCGCACCCGCAAAUCAUUUUUGAAGGCUUGCGGGCAAUAGCACACGAAAAUUUUGCUCACUUACAAAAUGCAAUGGCAACAGCAAAAGAGCAGAUUAUGCGGUCGGUCCAGUUGAGCCUACACUCAUUUGAAAGCACGAAAGAUUUGUACUCCGCCAUGGUCCAUUUACGAGCUAUUCGGGAAAUCGAGGAGAUGGCAAGUCACAUCGAAAAACCGGAUCGUGUAGUAGAACGAGACGUAGCUGCAAUAAUAGGAGAUCCGGUAGAGCAAAAGGCAGGUUUUUCCUCGCGAGACGGCACAAUCGGCAUACCGCCGAUAUCACUGGUAGUACGGCCUUUGCUUGCGCAAUGGCAAAAACGACACGAUCAGAUAAAACAUGAUUUUGACAAGAUUGAAAGCUUGCUAGCACUUGAAGAAGUUCUUCUUCAAGUGUCAGAGGCGUCGGACGCCAAGCAAGCGCUGGUAAAGUUGCAGCUUGACCUUGCAUCGGUCAGUCGAAAAGCAGGACGGACAGCAGUAGCUUAUAGAGCGUUGCUAAAGCUUGAGCAGCUCGGCCAGGGCGACUUGAUGUGCAUUCAUGAGAAAAUGCAGUGGAAGAUACAGAAAGGUAAACUGCUUUGGAAGCAACAGGAGUUUCAAAGUGCAAUCUGGACAGGGAAAGAGGUAUGUUCUGAGCUGUCCACUUACUUACACGACUCGUCGCUACCGGUCGGCUCAGUAGUACCGUUGCAGUUGCUACUGGUCAAUGUGCUUACUACUACCGGCAAGUGGAUCGCGUCUCAGCGUUGUGAAAGCUCCCAAACUAUUCUCGAGGAGUACUUUGAAAAAGCUACGGGAAUCGUAACAUCGAUGGACGCCAAAGCGGUUUUGGUAAGGGCACGUGAUCCUGCAAAAGCGCACUUUGUGCUUGCCGAUUUUAUGGCUGCGAUGAACCAGCAAGUCAGUUCUCGCGUGACGUCGCGUGAAUGGUUGGCAGGGAAGAAGGUGGUGCAAGCACGGCACGAGGAACUCCAAGAGCUACAAAAGAUGGAGCAAGGAAUGCAAAACGAAAAUCGUGCUCAUAUCUACGCCCUCAACAAAGAAGUCGUUCAUGAUAUGGAUGAGCGUUCCAAGGUGGAGGCAUCGGUGGAUCAUUUCUUGAUUGGCGCGUUGUAUAAUUACGGCAAGGGGUUGUGUCUAUCGCCGCAGUCAGAGCUUGACAUGGUAUUUCGUGUGCUCUCGCUAUGGUUCAACAACCGAGGCAAGGCUGAUAUAAAUCGAGUCGUUAUCGAAGAAAUCAUUGAUGCUGUGCCAUCGUUCAAGUUCAUACCUCUAUCUUACCAAAUCAUCUCACGCAUAAGUAGCAGACUCGCGGACGCCGACACCUUCGAAAUUGCUCUUCGAAAGCUCGUGAUGAAAUUAAGUGUGGAGCACCCACAUCACACACUGGUACAAAUUAUCGCGCUGAAGAAUUGUGGUGAGGUAGAAGGUAAAGGGGCUUUGCAAUUCCGUGCAAACGUUGGAGAUGCAAAGGCAGAAGGCGCAAAAGUGUAUCUAGCUGAGCUGAUGAAAACAGAACAUCGAGAGCUGCUUGAGUCACUCGACUUCGUGGCGAACGCGUACAUCCAGUUGGCGCUGUUCGACACGAGCGAGUAUCAUGGUCAAAAGAAGAAAAUUCCGCUUUCGAAAGUACCAAUAACUGCAACAUUUUUGGGCAGGUCUGGAGUGUCAUCGUUUGAACAGUGUCUCCGCAUCCGCGCACGGCGAGGAGGUGCGGUCGUAAUGCCGGCAGUACUCACAUCUUACAUCCCGCCCCAAGUUGAUAUGAACUACUCGAAUGUAGUGCGCAUGUCGUCGUUCGAGCCUUUAUUUUCGAUCACGGACAGUGGAAUACAUCGCCCGAAGAUCAUAUAUUGCUACGGUUCGGAUGGCAAACGGUACAAGCAGCUCGUGAAAGGUCAAGAUGACACAAGGCAAGACCUUGUUAUUGAGCAAGUGUUUGAGACAAUGAAUCAGUUCUUGAUGGAGGAGAAAGAGACUCGCAAGCGAAAGUUACGAUUGCGCACAUACCGAGUAGUCCCGCUGUCCCCUAUUGCUGGUGUGCUAGAAUGGGUGGAGAACACGAUACCCUGGGGAUCAUAUCUUGUCAGUCGGACGUCAAAGCGGUUGUCAGCUCACGAGCGAUAUCAUCCCUUUGAAUGGAAGCAUGCUGAAUGUCGCCAAUAUCUGAAGCACGCGGCGGAAAAGUUGCCGGCUUUUUUGGAGAUCCAGGCGAAUUUCACUCCAGUAUUCCACCAUUUCUUUCUAGAGAGGUUUCCGGAUGCGGCUGUAUGGUACCAUCGCCGACAGGCAUAUGUACAAAGCGCUGCAGUGACUUCGAUCGUAGGCUACAUUCUAGGUAUCGGUGAUCGCCACGCGCAAAACAUUUUAAUCCAUGAGAAGACCGGAGAGCUCGUGCAUAUCGACUUCGGCGUCGUGUUCGACCAGGGGAUGGCUCUAUACACUCCAGAAACUGUUCCUUUUCGACUCACACGAGACAUGGUCGACGGGAUGGGAAUCGCCGGUGUCGACGGUGUCUUCUCGCGAUGCUGUGAGGCCACGCUGCAGCUUCUACGCCAAAAGAGUGCGUCACUGAUAACGAUAUUAGAGGUCUUCGUACAUGAUCCCCUUUACCGCUGGACGCUUUCACCGCUCAAAGCACUAAAAAUACAGGAGGGAGGCGAACGGGACAGUGUGAAAUUCGCCACACACUCACGAACCUCGACCCGUCACGCUACCAUCGCUACGGGCUGUACAGAUAAUACUGAACCCGCGACAGAGCUGCAAGAGGAACAUGGAAGUACGGAUGCCGCUGCCCGCGCCCUGAUCCGCGUCAAGCAAAAGUUGGAGGGUUACGAAGAUCCGAAUGGUAGCGCCCUGAGUAUCGAAGGCCAGGUCAAGCAGCUUUUAAGUGUAGCGCAGGACUCGCAUAAUCUAUGCAGACUCUUUCCGGGAUGGGCCCCGUGGUUAUAA